AUGAACCUAGAAGAGUAUUUUGCAAGAACUGGUUAUAAAGGUUCCCUUGAAAAACAAGAUUUGGAAACAUUAACUGAUAUAUUCCAGCACCACAUCCGUGCUGUUCCCUUUGAAAACCUCAGCAUCCAUUGCGGGGAGAAAAUUACUUUGGAGCUGGAGCACGUCUAUAACAAAAUUGUGCAGAGGAAGCGUGGGGGCUGGUGCAUGGAGAACAACCAGCUGUUGGGCUGGGUCCUGACGCGCCUGGGCUACGACACCAGUUUUCUGGGAGCAUAUGUGUUCAAUCCACAUCAGAACACCUACGCCAGCAUCAUGACCCACCUUCUUGUGAAGGUCAUCAUUGAUGGCAAAGCCUAUAUUGUUGAUGGAGGCUUUGGUGUAUCGUACCAGAUGUGGCAACCGAUGGAGCUUGUGUCGGGGAAAGACCAGCCCCAGGCUCCUGGCGUCUUUCGCUUCACGGAAAAAAAUGCCAUCUGGUACCUUGAGAAAAUGAGACGGAAACAAUAUAUCCCCAAUCAAAAUUUCUCUAAUUCUGAUCUUCUGGAGAAAAAAGAGUGUCGGAAAGUUUAUAUGUUCAGUCUCGAGCCCCGAACAGUAGAAGAUUUCCGUUUCCAGUGCACAUACCUUCAGAACUCUCCAGAUUCCCUCUUCACAAAGAAGUCCAUCUGUACCCUCCAGACCACCGAUGGCUUUCGAGCACUGAUUGGGUGGACACUCACUGAGACCACAUACAACUACAAAGAAAAUAUGGAUCUGGUGGAAUUCAUAAUUCUGGAAGAUGAAGAGGUUGAAAAAACCCUCAAAGAGAAAUUCAACAUAACCCUAGAUAGAAAACUUGUCCCAAUUAAUAUAAAAGGAUUUUACACUAUCUAG